UUCUUCCUCUUCUUCCUCUUCUUCCCCCCAGACGGCAGUGGAGACACAUCCCGGGGGGACGAGGUGGAAUCCAACCCAAGAACAGAUUGGGAUAUUGGAGAUGCUGUACAGCAGAGGAAUGAGGACUCCCAAUGCCCAACAAAUCGAGCACAUCACUGCCCAGCUCGGCAACUACGGCAAGAUCGAAGGCAAGAACGUGUUCUAUUGGUUUCAGAAUCACAAAGCCCGUGAGCGACAGAAACAGAAGCGCAACAGCCUGGGUCUUCCCCACUCCCCCAGAACUCCCCCUCCUCCCAUCCUCCCCACCUUCCACCCUUCCUUCCCGGGAGAGGAAGACAGUCCGUACAAGAAGAAGUGCUUGUACUGGGGGUUUGAGUGUUUCGUACAACAUAACGGUAUAUUGUGUAAAAAGGAGGACGGUGAUAGGACUCUGGACUUAUUCCCGUUGCACCCAGAACGCAGAUGAUCCAAUUUGUUGCAAUUUUUUUCCCCAAUUUUCAAAAAAAAAAAAAAAAAAAAAAAAAAAAAAAA